GCGCGCGGCGUUUACUUUUUAUAACCGAGAAAUGGCGACCGCAGGGAUGACUGUUGAAGAUGAGACAGAGAUGGAGUUGGCCCAAAAGGGCCACAUUAAAGAAGAAUUUACUGAAUUUAAAACAGUGAAAAACUUGUUUCAGAGCCUUCCCAACAUAUACAAUGAUCAGAUUGGUGUAGAGUUAGCUCUGGAGCAGUUUACUGUGAUUGUGGAUGAGUACCAGGAGCAGCCUCAUCUGCUGGACCCUUACCUGGAGGAGAUGGUCCUGGACUUCCUCUCCAUCGGUAGAGACAUGAACCUUGACAGGAAGCUCUCCCAUCUUGCCUUCAAGUUCCUCUAUCUUCUCACGAAGGCUCGUGGACCUAAGGUCAUCGUUAGACUGCUACCCCAUGAGGUCGUGGAUCUGGAACCCACCCUUGCUCUCCUGAGUGCUCAAGAUCCUAACGAUCACGAGACUUGGGAGUCUCGCUACAUGCUACUGCUCUGGAUGUCCAUGAUAUGCAUGAUACCAUUCGAUAUGUCCAGACUGGACAGUGGUGUGGCCGGAGCAGGUGACCAGCAGACUAAGAGUCUACCCACCAUGGACAGGAUACUCAAUGUAGCUAAGAUUUAUCUUGGGAUGAGCGACAAAUGCAGAGAUGCAGCUGCCUUCAUGGUAUCAAGGUUUCUUACAAGACAUGAUGUUAAACAAAUGAGGUUACCUGAGUUUCUGGACUGGUGUCUGCAGACUGUCACAGAGGAAGGAAAAAAAGAAACCAUUACAUCAAUAUUCAAAAUGGCUGGAGUCUUGUCUGUCCUGGCUCAAUUGUUCAAGCUUGGCAAGAGAAGUGACAUCCUUCAAUAUGCUCCAGUUGUUUUGCGAGUGUCAAUGGAGUGUGAGCUAAGCAGUCAUAACAACACACAGAUAAGGAAGCUGUCUAUGAAACUGGUGCAGAGACUAGGCCUCACUUUUCUUCCUUCCAGAGUCAUGAAAUGGAGAUACCAAAGAGGGAGUCGAUCUCUGGCUGAAAACCUGCAGCCUGCCUCAGCUCCUGCUGGCAUAGCAUCAAAGACGACAGUAAGCAAGGAGGAUGAUUAUGAUGAUGAGAACUAUGACAUUCCAGAGGAGACUGAAGAUGUAAUAGAACAACUUCUGACCGGAUUGAAGGAUAAAGAUACGAUUGUCAGGUGGUCUGCCGCUAAAGGGAUUGGUCGUCUUACAGGGAGACUGCCCCAAGAGCUAGCAGAUCAGGUCGUAGGAUCAGCUUUAGAGUUAAUCAGUAUGAGAGAGUCUGAUGGAGCAUGGCAUGGUAGCUGUUUAGCCUUGGCUGAGCUCGGCAGGAGAGGGCUCCUUCUACCAGCUAGAUUACCAGAAGUCAUCCCUGUUGUAAGGAAAGCUCUCGCCUAUGAUGUCAAGAAAGGGUCUUUCAGUGUAGGUGCCCAUGUAAGGGAUUCAGCUUGCUAUGUCUGCUGGUCCUUUGCUAGGGCCUAUGACCCUGACGUCAUCACACCAUACGUGAAUGAGAUUGCUGCUGCUUUGCUCAUCACAACUGUCUUUGAUCGAGAAGUCAACUGCCGGAGAGCAGCAUCAGCUGCAUUCCAGGAGAAUGUGGGACGGCAAGGAACGUUUCCUCAUGGUAUCGACAUUGUCACAACAGCAGACUACUUUGCAGUUGGAAACCGCACCAAUACAUACCUCAAUAUCAGUUCAUAUUUAGCAGAUUUUGAGGAAUACACCUUGCCUCUUAUUGAUCAUCUGUACAAAGUCAAGGUCGGACAUUGGGACGGUGCAAUACGUGAACUGACCUCACAAGCAUUACAUGAACUUACCAAGAAGGCACCUGAGUACAUGGCAAAAACAGUAUUGCCUGACUUGAUACCCAAGGCUACUGGCAUUGAUCUCAACACCAGACACGGUUCACUUCUCGCUGUAGCUGAAGUGACACACGCUCUCUACGAAUACGCUGAAACGGAGUCAAGGUCUUUGGUGGAUAUCAUAGGUUCUUCAAGUGUGGAAGGAUUAAAAGCAAUCACAAAAAAGAUGGAGGAAGGAAGGAUGUUCAGAGGUAUGACGGGUGAAAUCCUGCGUCCAGCUGUCUGCACCCUCAUCGGCAAACUCUCCCUGUCAAAGUUACCUUUCCAUGGGGAUGCCAUUAUCGACCAGUGGCAGACGUUGCUAGAUGACAACAUUGUGAGGUUACAGAGAACCGAGAGAGAUAUCCACAGUAAAUCAGUAGCAGCAGAGAGGAUGCUAUGUCAGGAGUACUAUCAGGAUUCCAAUGGCCAGGCAAUGCCUGGUAUCCAAGAUAAAGUAAUAGACCUGUACAUCAAAGGUUUGGAAGACCCUAAUGAGAUGGGUAGGAUGGGAGCAGCCUUGGUCCUUGGUGAACUCCCCAGGUUUAUGGUCAGAGGAAAGCUGCAUCAGAUCCUUGAAGGUCUUAUCAAAGCCAGUAUCUCAACCAAAGAUGUGGAUGCCAUCCAUGCAGAGUCCAGGAGAGAUGCCAUCCGUUCCAUUGCCAGGUUAUUCAAAACAGUUGACAUCAAUCCAGCUGGAAAUCCCCAUGAAGAAAUGUGUGAGUCCAACCUUCCAUCCAUAUACAACUGUUUGCUGCAAUCAUUGACGGACUAUACCACUGACAGCAGGGGUGAUGUGGGUGCAUGGGUCCGUGAAGCAGGCAUGAAGAGUCUUUAUGAUGUCACCAGUCUUCUGAAUAAGAAUCAACCAACCAUGCUCACACCAGACAUAAUCUGUAAGGUAGUCCAGUGCCUGGCCCAGCAAGCCUCAGAGAAGAUUGACAGGACCAGGCUCUGUGCUGGGGAAGCUUUCCUAGGUCUACUCCACCAGUCUGACCCUGUCAUUCCACACAUUCCAGAUAGGGAGGAGCUUAUCAAGGUCUUCCCAAAGGAAGACAUCAAGGGACUGAACUGGGCAGCGCCCUCUGACUGUUUUGCCAAGGUCACUCAGCUCCUCAAACUACCGACCUUCCAGUACCAUGUUCUUCUGGGUUUGACUGUGAGCGUAGGAGGCCUAACAGAGUCUUUGGUGAAGCACUCUGCCCAGUCUCUUCUGUCCUUUAUCAAGACGUGCAGCUCAACUGAAGACCUGACUAGAUUCACCGACAAUCUUCUCAAGAUAUUCACCGACUAUCAGAAAGUGGACAGAGUUUCUGUACCGUUGAUGAAGAUGAUCAACCUCCUGCUAUCCAGUGGAAGCUUUGAAACCUUCGUGGAGGACCCUAGUCAUUCGUUUCCACUGAACCUCCUGCAACUGGUAAAGAAGGAGGUUGCCAAGACAGGCGAUGCCCAAAAGCUUCUCACAAGCAUAGAAGUGUUCUGUGGUAUGAUUCAGUUUGUUGGUGAACCUAGGAAGAAGAGCCUUAUUCAACUCAUGGUAUUCCUCUGUCAUAAGUACCCAAAGAUAAGAGGAACCACUGCUAACACACUCUAUGAGACGUUGAUGGUCUAUGAUGACAUCGUGGACGAGGAGAAGCAGGAGGAGGUCAUGACGAUACUCAUGGAAACAAACUGGCAAGAAUCACAGGCCAAAUGUAGACCAGUCAGGAACCACAUCUGUGACUUGCUGGAAGUGCCCCAGCCCGUUCUGAAGAACCCUCAGGCUGGUAAAGCUAAGAAGCAAGAGGAUGCUAAUGACCAGAUGGACAGUUAUCAAGAUCUCGUGUCAAGAUUGGGAUACUGAGGAGCAGAAUAUCAUCUACUGAUUCCCAUAAGUGCUGAUGAGUCAUCAGAAUAUAAUUACAAUUUCUCCUGUAUUUAAAAUAUAGGAAAUAUGUAAAUGAGAAAAGUAUUCUUGCAUUUAUGUAGAGUUAAAUGAGCAAUUUAAUGCACUGAAAUCUAAUUGCAAUGUGGCUAAUAUGAAAGUUUUCAUAUGACCUGCCCAAUCUUUUAUGAUUAAAUGAAGAAAAAAUCCUGUGAAAGCUAGAUGACUUGUGGAAGCCAUCCAGUAGACUAAUAGUCAAUGAGACUGAUGGAAACCAACAGCCUGUGAGAUUGACAUUGUCUGUCUUAUGAGCUUUCCAUCAUGUUGUCAGGUCUUUAAAACCUACCUGUUGAUGUAGUGGACUUUUGAUUUCUGGACUGUCGGUUUUUGUGGGAUGUAGCCGUGGAAGCAAUUUACCAGAAACAAAUCAAAUGUAACUGUGCCAUUAAGAAUAACAUCUCUUUAUCUUUGUCAAUUUUCCAGUGUUUCAAGAUCUUUGUAAUGAUAUAUUGCUAGGUAUUAUGAUGCAUUUAUAUUGACAAUGUAACCCAGGCCUAACCUGGGUCAGAUGAUUUGGUCUGAUGCAAGUGAGUUCAGUUGAAAUAGUCGGUCUUGCGCAAAAGUAGUCCUGGUAUCCGGCAGUGUAUGUGCAUGUCUCCUGGUUUAACAGUGGAUUAAAUGACAGGCCAACAUUCCAAAUUUUAAAAGAUAAGUUUUCUGGCAGUUGUUCUGCUGUUUUUUGUUGUUGUAUUGUAGGUAAUGAAUUGUUAUCAGCCAUGUCGUUGAAUCUUUCUUAUUUGUAUUAUGCAUGAAAUGUUAUGCAGAUCAGUUUAGUACAAGCAUGAACUGGAUUAGCAUUUUUGGUAAAUUUGGGUCAUGCAAUCAAAUUAAAUAUUAUCAAUAUUAAAUAUUAAAUAUUAAGAAGUAGACACUUUGAAGGAAAUCUGUGUCUAUUGUUAUUUUGGAAUAGCCAGGAUUUUGAAACAAGAGGUGUCUGCAAAAUACUUGUCUGCAUUCUAAGACCGCUAUCAAAAAUAAGGGGCAUAAGGGUGCAAAAACACAUGUGCUUAAAAUACAACUUACACUGUCCAUGCUUUUUUAUAUAAAUAUAUAUAUAUGAAACUGCC